GUGCGUGCAUGUGGUGAAGGCGCCACGUCGGCAGAACCAGCAGAGAGGAGAGAGGUGCGCAGCUCCGCACAGAGUCCGGAGAAAGUUGAGAAGCUCCGUGUUUAUGCGUUAAAGGCGAGAAAACGCAGAAGAAGAAGCCGCCGUGAGCUCGAGCUGCUGUUUCACACACAAGUACACACAUAAUCUUUUAUUCUAGCACAGUUUGAGUCCGAGGCUGAAACAGGCUGCUGCUGUCUCAGUUUCCACUGCCAGGUGUGUUUGAGAGGAGAAGAACUGGGAACAAUGGUGAAGGACGUAAACAGCGUCAACGUGGAGCCCCAGCCUGGGACCACCCUGGCCUCAGAUGAAGCUGAACCAGCCUGCAGCCAGUCUCCAGAGGAGUCUGGUAAAGAUCAUGAAGCGGCUCCUCCUGGCGUGGUGUGGCGGGUGACCGGUGGCCUCUUCAACGUCACCAAGGGUGUGGUCGGUGCAGCAGUGGGUGGAGUAGCCUGGGUGGGCGGCAAGAGCCUCGAGAUAACCAAGUCGGCAGUGACCACGGUGCCCUCGGUGGGGGUGGGGCUGGUGAAGGGCGGGGUGUCCGCUGUGGCCGGCGGCGUCUCCAGCGUAGGCUCAACAGUAGCCAGUAAAGUCCCGUUCACAGCCAAGAGGAAAGACAAGGCUGAGUGAGGAGGGGGAGGAUGGUGGUGACGAUGAUUUGGAAGAAAAGGAUCGAUUGAUGGAUUUGCCCCGGCCUGAGCCAACGGAGAGAAGCUGCCAGCUGAUCUCUGCCCACCAGACACCACAGUGCCUUUCUUGCUCUUGAACAUAGUCGCUGUUGCAGCCUAAUAUCCAGACUUUGAUGCAAAAAAAAACAAACUGUGUUCAGCACAUAAAUAUUUAGUUGUACUAUGAUACCUUGGCAACCAAAAUACUUCAAACAAUCCGUCUGUCCUGGAGUGGUUUUUAUGAGUGGCUCCACAUGUGAGGAACGUGGUGGACUUCAUGACGAACACUUUUAUCUGUUUACAAUCCAGACGGAGGCUGUCCCAGUCCUCUUUCUGCUCUUCUCCAGUCUACAGACACUUGCUGAAAUCUCCAGCUCAAAUGCUGAUUUUUAGUCUUUUUGUUUAUUUUUCAGUUGUUAGUAUUAUUGAAAGUUUUUUGACAUUAUGUGUUUAGGGAAAGAGGAAAAUUGUAGCGUUGAAAGCGAGGCUCAGCAGUGGUUUAGCAGUGGCUUUCUCUUUGACCCAGUUAGCUGUCUGGAGGAGCCUGGAGCGAUGAUUUCCCCGGCAGUUUCCACUCUGCAUGUAGGAACACUUCUCUUAAGGCUGAAUACACUCAGAAUUACACCAACACAGGGCUCAGGUAUUUGCUUCAACUGUGUCAUUGGGAAAUAUGUUUUCAGUGUGUGUGAAAUGUUAAAAUGCUGGAACAGACCGUUAAAGGUUAUAUAAGAGCUGGUAAGAGGACAUUCCGCAGCGUUUGAUUCAUCAGUGGUUGUGAGAGUCUGAACAAGUGACUUAGGAAAAGUGGAACUGUUCCUUUAAUCAGAGGCUUACGCCGUACUGUAGUGCAGGCAAAACUCGGAAGCAUUUGUAUGCGUUCUCAUUAUUUCAAUGCAACAUUUAGAGCAAACUGUAACUAUUGCUAAGGGGACUAAAAUAUGUGAAUGUUGUUAAUGUGAUGUUAUUUUUUCCAAUAUAUCAAUAAAGUAGUUUAGAAGAUUAAAAAUAUAAAACAU